CUAUCCCGUCCCGCCGUCAUAUGCUUUUCCUGUGUACGUGUGUAGCGGUACCUUAGCACCUUUCUUUGCCUGUGCCAACCACCAAACCUUACUUUUCCCUUCGCUCUCGACCCCCGACGGACUCCAAGACAAGAGAAACCACGGGCCCCAUCGCAUCGCGCAUUGCGUUUGCGUGAACCUCGCCCGCCAUGGCCCCAAUGCUCGAAUUCCGCACGCAGGGCUACAACCCCUACGCCGUAAAGUACUCGCCCUACUACGACUCGCGCAUCGCCGUCGCAUCGUCGGCCAACUUUGGCAUCGUCGGCAACGGCCGCGUCUUCUGUCUCGGGCUGACGGCGCGAGGCAUCGAAGUCGAGACGACAUUCGACACAAACGACUCGCAAUAUGACCUCGCCUGGUCCGAGAUCAACGAGAACCAGCUCGUCGUCGCCUGCGGCGAUGGCUCCAUCAAGCUCUUCGACCUCGGCGUCAAGGACUUCCCCGUCAUGAACUUCCACGAACACAAGCGCGAGACCUUUUCCGUCAACUGGAGCCCCAUCACCAAGGACACUUUCGUCUCGAGCUCGUGGGACGGCACGAUCAAAGUGUGGUCCCCAACCCGCGACCACUCCCUCCGCACCCUCCCCGUAGGAAACUGCACCUACUCAGCCUCCUUCCAGCCCUCCAAUCCGCACAUCAUCUCCGCCGUCUCCUCCGACUCCCAAAUCCGCAUCUUUGACCUCCGCACCCCAGUAUCCUCCCGCUACCACCUAACCUCCAUGAUCCCCGUCCACGCCGCGGGCCCUUCCUUCCCCUCCGCCGCGCCGGGAGAAGUCCUCACCCACGACUGGAACAAGUACCGCGACACCGUCAUCGCCACGGGCGGCGUCGACCGCGCCGUCCGCACCUUUGACAUUCGGAACCCGACGGCGGGACCGGUGGCCGUCAUGCAGGGCCACGAGUACGCCGUCCGCAGGCUGGCGUGGAGCCCGCACGCGAGCGAUUUGCUGUUGACGGCGAGUUACGAUAUGACGGUUCGGCUGUGGGAUGAUCGGUCGAAUGCGCCGCCCGCUGGUGGACCUGCGGGCGGGGCGCAGAUUGGUGCGCAGGUCGGGGUUAUGAAUCGGCACACCGAGUUCGUUGUCGGUGUCGACUGGUGUCUGUUUGGUGUCGGCGGAUGGGUGGCUACCGUCGGCUGGGAUGAGAGGGUUCUUCUCUGGGAUGCCAAUGCGCUGUUGGGUGGUGGUCGGUGAAAAGUGGGAAGCGAGAGUUGACUGAAGAUGAGCUUUGUGCUUUUUCAUGAUGAUCAGUCCGUCUUGUUUUGGGGUUUGGGGGAUGCUGAUACCCUUCUCUUGGAAGAGGCGCGCAUUCUAUGGUUUUGUUUUAUGGGCGUUUAGGAGGGUAUUCUUAGAGGGCGGGCGCGCGCGUACAUAACGAGGAUGGUGAUAAUCUUCAGAAACAGAAAGGAGGACCUAGCCAACCCCUUUUCUGGGAAAAUCGUACAUGGCUGUAUG